AGCAAACCAAGAAACCAUGAACCCUGCAAGCAGUGCAAUACAGAGUCUAGUAAGUAAAACUGUAAAGGGUUGAGACAUGGAGUACUCUCACAGCAGGUUGCUCCUUGUAUGCUCAGUUCUUAUGCUGUGCCUCUGCAGUGGAGUCGCAAAGUGCGAUAAGUUAACCAGUGAGCUAACGGGCGAUUUCUAUGACUACACAUGCCCCGGUUUGUAUACCAUCGUCCAGCAGCAUGUGUUUGCUGCCAUGAGGGAUGAGAUGAGGAUGGGAGCUUCCCUGCUCAGGCUCCAUUUCCAUGAUUGCUUUGUCAAUGGGUGUGAUGCUUCGAUCCUGUUGGUUGGCGAAACUGGCGAGCAAUUUGCGCGUCCCAACCAGAACUCUGUCAGAGGGUACGAGGUCAUCGACGCGAUGAAGGCCGAUAUUGAGAGUGUUUGUCCUGGGGUGGUGUCAUGUGCUGACAUUGUAGCCCUUGCAGCUGCCUAUGGAGUACUCUUUAGUGGAGGGCCAUACUAUGAAGUUCUUCUGGGUAGAAAGGACGGCCUGGUAGCAAAUAAGACUGGAGCUGAGAAUGGCCUGCCCGCACCGUUUGAACCGGUCAGCUCCAUCGUACAGAAGUUCGGCGAUGUCGGCCUCGACACGAAAGAUGUUGUGGUCUUGUCAGGAGCCCACACGAUCGGGCGUGCCCGGUGCGGGCUGUUCAACAACCGCCUCACGUCGUCAGGCGACCCGACGCUGGACUCCAAAAUGGCCGCCAACCUGCAGAGCCUCUGCACCACCGGGGGCGACAACCAGACCACGGCGCUGGACGUCGAAUCCGCCGACGUGUUCGACAAGCAAUACUACCAGAACCUGCUGAGCAAGAAGGGCCUCCUGUCCUCGGACCAGAACCUCUUCUCCGGCGCCGAGGACGUCGUCAAGGCCACCACCAAGGCGCUGGUGCAGACGUACAGCGACGACGGCGAGCAGUUCUUCAUGGACUUCGGCGCCUCCAUGGUGAAGAUGGGGAGCAUCAAGAAGACGGGAGUGCCCGGCGAAAUCCGCACCAACUGCAGGGUUCCCAAUAAGUGAGCAACUGCUGGCUAGCAGAGUUCAUCAGCUUCUUGACCAUCUUGCAAAUAACUCAGUCCUUUACAUGUAAUGUGUAAUAUUUAGAUGUUACUACAUGCAUGGCAUGCUCGAGAAACAAGAUGAAGAAUCAAUAAUAAUGAUGUUACUCAGAAGA